AUGUCGAAGAGAAAGCUUGGAAGUCAGAGUCCGACCAACCUGUCUCUUCAGCAGAAGAAGACUCGGGUGGUGCCCGACUCAGAACUGCAUCGAUGGACCGCUCCAGGCUUCGAUUACAUGGUUUACACACCCACAACAUCGCCGCUCCCGUCUCCAUUCGCAGUCGAUUCCCUGGACGAAGAUAUGAAGGUCAUUGUUACACAAUUCGGACCAGCUGUCCAGGAAGCAUUCGAAGCAACGUUCAGAGCUAACGAUAAGGCUGGCGAUGGCAAAAACAUCCAAGAUUUGUGCAACAAUGAACAAGUAGGUUGGAUGGACCCUACGCAGCCUAUCAUGUUGAGCCUAGGCGAAGGGUUAAAGUUGUACGUUCGUCCGCACAUGGAUCAUACAACAAUCGUAAUUGACACGCUCAGGUCCCCAAGAAAGGUCAAACCAAUCAGUAGCAUCAAGUUUCGAAAGGUCUACAGCGAAUGUGCUCUCCAUUGGUUCGGCUUUGUAACGAAACCCGCACGCCUGAUUAUCAACGGGAAGGUUUACGCGAAAGAGUCUGAUAUUGUUAUUGGACCNCUUCCCCCGUUCUCGAUUGUGGAAUAUGAAGACCGAGUAGUCUUUCUCUACUUGAACCGCGAGAGCGUUGAAUUCCAACCAGACUAUCUUGACUUACAGACCACUGUCAGUCGUAUCCUUGGAAACAUCAAGAAUAGUCAAACCUCGGGAGACAAAGGAGCAGCAGCAACGACACCCGCCUUGACGAGAGGAGACACCGUCGACACCAGGAUACGUGUGAGGAUCGAACCCGAGAUCCAGCCCGAUGACGGCGACUCUUGCAAAUACUUCGCAUGGCGAAUGCGGGAAUGGAAACUUCUCCAACAGCGAUUCAAAGUCGUACUGGCAGAUCCUGUCUUGCCACCUGAUGCCAACAACACUGCAGCAUGGCUUUAUGAUAGCCACGUCUAUCGAGCAAUCGCUUCAGUCAAUACGGCAAUCGAAUUGGAAAACAAAGAUGUAAAAUUCGCCAUGAUUGAUGAGUACGGUUUCAAAUUAGCGAGUCGAGUGCAAGGUGCUGACGGCCAACCACUCAUCACCACUGUUCGCAAUGAGGAUCUCUUCCUCCCUUACAACAUGAAUCCCGAUACGGGUAAUCACUGGCUACUUGUCCAUGUCAAGUACGCAAACGGCAGACCUGGACUUCAUGUUUACGACAGUCUGGACAUGGCUAGGGGCACUGAAGGAAUCAUCAAGAAAAUUAUCCUCAACACAGAGUUGUACGACAUUGACAAAAAUAAGAUUCAGUCCCCUGGUGACAUAGAGCUCACACAUCAUACCGUGCCACGGCAGCUAGGUGGUUGGGAAUGUGGCUAUCUGACCAUUCUGAAUGCCUGGUGUAUUGCACUUGGCAUGAGACCAGGCACGAACGCUCACUAUGCCGCCUCUGGAAUCAGGGUCAAAGAUCUCAUCGACAUGAUCAACUUGUCAAUGGCUGGAUUCAUGGACUCGGCUACCAUCCAAGCUUUCAUGCGUUGCGUCGGCUUCGUCGACGCUCGCCAAAACAACACCAUCGCCCCCGAUCGCCACUUCACCCGUAGCGUACCUUUUGUACUCAAGACGUCGGUGAACAAAUACAUUUUCAUGCGCAGAGAGAUUGAAGAAAACCCCAACUCCAACAUCAGCCGUCUUGAUCUGGCAACCAUCCGUCUCCUCCUGCAGCCAUUCUUGCUUUUCGAGGAUGUCGACACCCUCAGCGCUGAUGAUCUCCUGUUACACUUUGACAGGUGGUUGAAAGACCAAGGUCUGUCGGAUCCUACAGUUCCGCCUAGCCCGGCCAGCCCAGCAACCGUGCGUUUGACCUUUGGACUUGCACAAUCAGUGCCUGAUGCAGAGGGGACAAUACCCGACCUCCCCGACGACACAAGGUUGCUGCGCAAGAUUUGGAACAUCUACCAUGAACAGAUGAAGAAACAAGGACAUCUGGGCUCAGCACGUCAACACAGAGCCUAUGAAAAAGCAAACGGAAGCUUCUGCACCGAAGAGAUUGGCGACGACAUCCAUUACCCUUACGAUGAACCGAAGAUUGUUGUUCUUGACAGACUGGGCAUGUUGCCAACUGAGAAUACUCUCACACAGCUCGAGAGGGAUUACCUAAGGGAGGGUGUACCGCAACCCGUCCUAAAGCUCAGACUAAAGCACAAUAACUGA